AUACUUUCAUACCGCUUAAUCCUGUUUUACAUUUUUAAUAUCUCAUACUAUUAUAUUCAAAAUAAUAAUACGUUUGUUAUAUAUUUUAUAUUCUUCUAUUUUUUAUUUUUAUUUCUUAUAUUUAUUAUUUCAAGAAUAUAAGAUUUUUUAAUAACUAAAAGAGUCUUGUUAUUUUCUCGUGACUCAUAACCUCUAAAACAUCUUAUUAACAAGAAUAAAAUUUAUUGUAAGAAACCGCAUAUCGAUCACGUAAUUUUCUCUAUUUCACCGAAAAAAAGAAAUGACGUCGUCGUUACCAGAAUUCUUAACCAACUUGAAGCACUCAACAAUUUUUCACGUAUUUUUUACGUCGGCAGUCGCAUUUAUCGUUGCGUUUACACUUGACCUGUUUUUUUCAAAUUUGUCCUUUUACGUCAGUUAUUUGGAGAACUUGUAUUAUUUGCAUUAUUGGGUAUUGCCUAACAAAGAAGCAAGAGACCGUGGCCGUGGCCGUGGUCGCCGUGGUCGUGGUCGCGGUCGUGACUAUUUUCCGGAGGAAGAUACUAAACUAGGUUUAUGUCUUCAAGAGAAUGCUGAAGAUGAUACAAGUGAUUCAAGUUCUGUUAGUAGUGAUGAUGAUAUUUCAACUGCUGGAAAUCAACAUUGGCAACAUAUGGGUCGAGGUCGUGAUCGUGAUCGUGAUCGUGGUCGUAGCCAUAGCUAGACAUACGUGUCCCUCUAUUUUCUUGGGAGUGAUUUGAUAACUUUGAUCUCUACCUUUUUUAAGCCUCUACAAUAAGUUUUGAUCGAACUACAUCUUCUUGAAGCAUCGAUUGAAUUGUCUUGAAGAACAUGGGUAAUUAAUAUAGUGAUCUAGCAACUGAUCUUAAUUAAGAUUUCACGGAGUCGUCCUGCCUGUUAUUUAAAACAAUUUGAGGCGUGACCUAAUUUCUAUUUUCUAUAUCGUAACUGGUAAGAUCCAGGAGAUAAAGAAAUAAUAAAUCU